GGCCUCUGCUCCCAGCUCAGGGCCCUCAGCUCCACCAAGAUGCAGUGCAAUGUGCGCGGUGGCAUCUCGGACACUAAGCCUGCCACGGCGGAGAUCCAGGCCAUCGCUGACAAGGUGAAGUCCCAGCUGGAGGAGAAGGUAAACAAGAAGUACCCCACUUUCAAGGCCACAGAGUACAAGAGCCAGCUGGUCCAGGGGACUAACUACUUCAUCAAGAUUCAAGUUGCAGAUGAUGACUUCGUGCACAUCCGCGUGUAUGAGAGUCUCCCUCAUGAAAACAAGGCCUUGGCCCUGCACGACUAUCAGACCAACAAGACCGAGCAGGACGAGCUGAUCUACUUCUAGUUCUGGAUCUUGAACUGAACCUUCGCCACGUGGUUCUCUGCCACAAUAACGUGCUGGGGUCCUAAAUGAGCGGCGUCUCUGUGCCGCUCUGCGCCAAUCUGGCGUCUCUGCUUCUAACUGUAACAGCGUGAUUUUCCUCCCAAUCAAUGAUCUUAACAGAAUUGCUUUCCAAGAGGGCUUAGCUGAUCUCUAACUAAAUACAUUUUUAUGUUUUUGCAAA